AUGCCUCAGCAAAGUGAUGUGCAUGUGGAUAGUUUUCAGGACCACCUGGAAGAUGAGUCAGCUGCCAUGGGCAACCAACAGAACCAGCACAACUGCUCAGAAGUCAACAUAUCUGGAGUUGAUGUUAGCAAAGAUACCUCAAACCCAGUCCCACCUAAAACUUUCUGGAGGUUUUACUCUCAAGAUUACUUGAACAAGCUAAAUGCCCUCUUUAGUAAAGAAAAGUGGACAGAGAUGUAUGCAGCCAAUGAUGUCAACAUGAAAGUCAACUUAUUUCUUGACACAAUGAUCCACCACUUUGAAGAGGCUUUUCCACUAAAACCAGUAAGAAUAAAUAAUAAUAAGAGAAACAAGACUUGGAUUACACCAGCUAUAAAAAUCUCUUACAAACAUAAAAGAAUACUCCACAUGUUACAUAAACAAAGUAGUGACUCCUGCCAACUAACAGAAUACUAUAAAAACUACACAUCUAUCCUAAGAAGAGUGAUAAGACAUGCAAAAAGGAUGCAAACUGAUAAGUACAUUGACAAAUCCAGCAAUAAAGUAAAAGCAAUGUGGAAUGUUAUAAAAAGGGAAAGAGUGGAAAUCAAAGUUACACAAACGAAAAUAGAAAUCAAACUCUACAAUGAAUCUAUAUGUAAUCCCGAAGUUGUGGUGGACUCUUUCAACAAAUUCUUUAUGAGCAUAGCUGAAAAAUUGGUCAAAAAUAAUCCUAACACAAACUACCAACCAGGAAACCAAAUAUAUCACACAUGUGCAGAGUCAAUUUUCAUUAUCAAAGUCACUGAAAAUGAUGUUGCAAAAGCCCUCAGAGAAUUAAAAAAUUCAUAUUCAGCUGGAAUUGAUGGUAUCUCAGCAGCUGUCAUCAAAAAUUGUGUACACACGAUUGCUGAACCAUUAACUCACCUCUGUGACUGUUCUUUCCAGGCAGAUACUUUCGCUGAAGCUCUGAAACUUUCUAAAGUAAUUCCUGGCUUCAAAAAAGGUGAUAAUAAAGAAAUGAAUAACUACAGGCCUAUCUCAAUCUCAUCCUGCUUUUCUAAGGUUUUUGAAAAAAUAAUGUACAAAAAACUGAAGCAACAAAUCUACUGA